AUGAGCGAAAUCCGGGCGACAGUCGAUCCGGCCAGAGCUGCCGAGAACAACACAGCCCAGAUCGCAGGCGUCACCACUGCCUUCCAUGUCAUCGCACUUGUGAUCGUCAUUCUCCGGUCGUACACUCGUAUUUUCAUCAUCAGGAAUUUUGGCUCCCAAGAUGCAUUUAUGAUAUUGUCGCUGUGCGCUCUUCUUGGAGGCACCGUGACCAUAUUUAUGCAGAUACCACAUGGACUUGGCCACCAUCAAGAUACCAUCUCGGAUGCCGAUUUUAUCGUCUUCAACCAGCUCAGCUUCGUCCAGUCGAUCGUCCCUCUGAUAGGCGGUAUCGCCUUCCUCAAAAUCGCCGUCGCUCUUGAGCUUACAAAGCUUAAAGGCAAUGCUUUGGCGUGGUACAACACCAUCCUGUGGUGUCUCAUCGUGUUUGUGUCUGCGUACACCUUGAUGGCAUGGUUGACCUUCUUCUUGUUCUGCAGGCCAAUGGCCCGGUAUUGGGACCCGAAUAUUGAAGGCACCUGCUAUUCUGUGGAUUUAUUUACCAAGUUUGGUCUGGUGAACACAAGCUUCAACAUCUUCACUGAUGUUGCUUUCGCCACUCUCCCCGUCCCAAUUGUCUGGGCUCUCAAGAUGCCCCUCAAAACCCGCCUGUAUCUCGUCGGCGUCUUGAGCCUUGGUUAUGUUGCGGUUAUAAUGGGCAUUUUAAAGGCCGUGGCUCAGAUUGGGUACAAUCCUCUCGGCGACAUUACCUAUACCUAUGACAUCCAAUUCUGGGGCCUUCUUCAACUAAAUCUUGGUAUCUCCGCCGCAUGCGGCCCAUCCCUGAAGCCCCUCUUCAAGAAUAUCCUGAAUCUGACUAGCCUCACCCCUCAAUAUGGCUACAACUCCGGCAGCAACAACCAGCGAAGCGGCCGGGGUACGGGCCUCUAUGCUAUCGGCGGAACGGCUUCAAGAGGUUACACCAAGCAGAGUAGCAGGACCGAUGGUGGAGAGGACUUUGAGCUGCAAUCUCAGUACAGAGCCACUGCAGAGGGAAGAAGAGAUGCUGCCAGUUCUCCUGGCCCGUAUGGCUCAGGCGAGGAUGGUGAAUCCAUUGAGAAAAGUGGUAGUCAGGAAACCAUACUACAAGGAGACAACGGGAAAAAAGGAAUUGUUAGAACCACGGAGGUUACUAUUACAUAUUAG